CGUCACGAUGCAGGGCGAGGGGCACCGUCCACUCCAAAGAGGCGGCCCUCGCGUGGCCCUGCCCCCCGUUGCAACAAGGGACAACAAGCCCGACGCCGCUGAUCUCUGGCUAGCGGUCGCUCACGUCACUGCCCGACGUCAUCGCUCGCGCGGCUGUGCGUAAAGAAGGCGCGACCGAAGGACGCCGUAGUCCCGCCCCUAGCCUCUCUCGCGGGAACCCCACCCCCGCGUCCAUCGCCGCGCCGAGUCUGUCCUCCUCAGCCGGUCACCGGUCCGUUUCCGGCGCGCGCCGCCGUGACGUGAAGUCCCGUGUCCGGCCCGGCCCGGGCCCCGCUCCGCCAUGCGAUGUCCGCGCUGAACUGGAAACCCUUCGUCUACGGCGGGCUGGCCUCGCUGGUGGCCGAGUUCGGGACCUUUCCUGUGGACCUCACCAAAACGCGCCUCCAAGUACAAGGUCAAAGCAUUGAUGCUCGCUUCCGAGAGAUCAAGUACCGGGGCAUGUUCCAUGCCUUGUUCCGAAUCUACAAGGAGGAGGGGAUUCUGGCUCUCUAUUCUGGGAUUGCUCCUGCAUUGCUGAGACAGGCAUCUUAUGGCACCAUAAAGAUUGGCAUUUACCAGAGCCUGAAGCGGCUGUUUGUAGAUCGCUUAGAAGAUGAGACACUGCUAAUCAACAUGAUCUGUGGGGUGGUUUCAGGGGUGAUCUCAUCCACGCUGGCCAACCCGACAGAUGUGCUGAAGAUUCGAAUGCAGGCUCAAGGCAGCUUAUUCCAGGGGGGCAUGAUUGGCAGCUUCAUUGAUAUCUACCAGCAGGAAGGCACGCGGGGGCUCUGGAGGGGUGUAGUCCCCACGGCGCAGAGAGCUGCCAUUGUGGUUGGAGUGGAGCUGCCAGUUUACGACAUCACCAAGAAGCACCUGAUCCUCUCAGGGUUCAUGGGGGAUACAAUCUUUGCCCACUUCGUUUCCAGUUUUACAUGUGGGCUGGCUGGAGCCAUCGCCUCCAACCCAGUGGACGUGGUGCGAACACGGAUGAUGAACCAGAGGGCAAUAGUGGGAACUGUGGAGCUCUACAAAGGCACACUGGAUGGUCUAGUAAAGACAUGGAAGAGUGAGGGCUUCUUUGCACUCUAUAAAGGGUUCUGGCCCAACUGGCUUCGGCUUGGCCCUUGGAAUAUCAUUUUUUUUAUCACAUAUGAGCAGUUGAAGCGACUUCCAUUCUAGGGCUGCCUCCAAUCCACGGGCACAGCCUCCAAGACAUGCAGUUGGGAAUGAGCAGCCUGAAGUUGCUGCCCCCUUUUUCACUCAUUUCACCUCCCUGUGUCUUGAUGUCUUGGCAUGCGUGGAUUGGGACCCGCAGUCCACUGAACGUCUGGUCCUUGGAGCACGUCCUGCCUGCAGCGGAGCGGAGGCCGGAGGAAGAGGUUGUGUGUUCUAGGGGAAGUAUUAACUGUACCCAGGGGCAGCGAGUUAUAUCUCCACGUAGUGCCUUGGCACCAGCAAUAUUCAGAGCCCAGGGGCCCAGCUCCAUCAAUAUUUGGGGCUGGGUGCCCCCUUGCCCGGCGCACUUGCCGCCCUCACGCACCUCCCCGCAAGUGUCCCCCGGCCCCCGCUUGCUGCCCCCAUGCACCUCCCUGGGUGCCUCUUCUGAGCAGCGCUGUGUCCCUGCAGCAGCUGCUGCCACAGGGUCCUAGUGCCCCCCAUCUUGAUUGCCAGGGCAGACUGACUCAGCUUGCCCUUCCACCUCAGACCCUUCCCUUUUCCGGCGGGACCCUCCACCAGCACAGGGGGCCACCCUGCUCACAGUCACUGCUCCUGCCCCAUGCUGGGCAAGGAGGCAGCCCCAUCCCUCACCCCCAGUGAGGCUACAGUGAAGGGCAGCAGGAGGGGAGGAGGCACAUGCAGCAGCCCCCAGCACCCACCAUAGGGGAGGCAAGGGAGAUUUCUGGACCUGAGAGGAGCCCUAGGAGCAUGUGCAGUGACAGUGGUGGGGGUGAGUGUGCUGCUCGAGGGGUGGGAAAGGGGGGCUCCUCCCCCAGAGCUCGCUGCUGCUGGCAGGGAAAGGGCUGGGGGGAGUCCUCCUCUCUGGCCCCUGUCCCGGAGCAGCCUGCCUGCACCCCAGACUCAUCCCUAGCCCUGCCCCACCCCAGAGCCCAAACCCCCAGCCAGAGCUUUCAACCCCCCACACACCCUCAACCCUCUACCCUAGCCCCGAGCCCCUCCAACACCCCAAACACCUUAUCCCCAGUCCCAGUCAGAGCCCUCAUCCCCCUGCACGCCAACCCUCUGCCCCAGCCCUGAGCCUCUCUAACACCCCAAACCCCCAGCCCCAGACAGAGCCCUCACCCCCCACACUCCUACUCUCACCCUGAGCCCCUCCCACGGCCCUCACCCCUGCACCCCCUACCUCUGCACUCCCUCCCAGAGCCUGCAUCCCAGUCCCCUGCCCCAGCCUAGGGCCUGCACCCCAGACCUCCUCCCACCCAAACUCCCUCCCAGAGCCUUGGGCAGGUGGGGGUGGAGUUUGGGCAGGGGCGGGUUCUGGCCACCACCAGAAAUUAUACAAACCUGCUGCCCCUGACUGUACCAGUGUCUGGGCAUGAAGCGGUGUCUUCUGUGAAGACCAGUGUGGUGCGGUGGCCUUGCAGUACAGGUGUGGUAUGUGUUGGUUGGGCUUGUGCGCAUUGCUGCACCCUGCCUGAUGGGCGGGACAGAAGAUGGAGCUGGAGUGGAGGUGGCCAUGUUUUCCUGCAGACCUGUAACCUCAUUAAACUAUUUAUUGACAGGGU